GCAUCAAUAGAAAAGUUGACUGGAGUAAUCACCCUUGUAAUACAAGAUAUGACUAGAUAAAAUUCAAUAUAUACUAUGUGUCACUGAAACUGGUUUAAAUCUUGGUGUCAUUAACAUUCGCACUCUGAAAUUGUUCUAUAAGGAUGAACAAAGUCAUUUGCAAUACUUUGAGAAGUUAUGUUGCUUUUACUAAGUUUCAGCAUAAAAGUUGCCAGGUACCAAAUUUCCUCACUGUAUCUAAGAUGUCUCAUGUAAAUCAUCAGAAGUGUUACACAAAAGAUGCACCAGAAAAAAAGUUAUUUACACCAGGACCAUUAUCUACGUCUCCAACAGUCAGACAAGCAGCAUUUACAGAAUAUGGUUCUAGAGAUGUAGCAUUUAUUGCAGCAAUUAAAACUCUCAGAUCAAAACUAGUAGAGAUAGCAGAAGUAUCCAAAGAUGAAUUUACAUGUGUACCAAUACAGGGCAGUGGAACCUUUGCUGUGGAGGCUGUAUUCCAAACAGCUGUCCCCAGACAGGGAGGAAAGGUGCUCAUACUACAGAAUGGAGCGUAUGGAAAGAGGUUGGCAAAGAUAUGUGAUGUAAUGAGUGUACCCUAUCAAUUGGAAAGUUUUUCAGAGGACUCUAAGGUUGAUGUCAAUCGGGUAGCAGAUAUUUUAUCUAAGGACAAAUCGUUUACAAUGACUAGUAUAGUUCACUGUGAAACAAGUUCAGGUGUUAUAAAUCCUGUAGAAGAUGUAGGAAAAGUUGUCAAGCAAAUCAUUCCAGAUUGUAUUUUCUUUGUCGAUGCUAUGAGUAGUUUUGGUGCUGUACCACUGGACAUGUUAAAUGGAAAUAUUGAUUUUCUAGUCAGUUCUGCCAACAAAUGCCUUCAAGGAAUUCCAGGAUUUUCUUAUGCUAUUGCUAAGAAAUCAGUAUUACUGAAUUGCAAUGGUAAUUCUCGUAGUCUCAGUCUAGAUUUAUUUGACCAAUAUGAUAAUUUAGAGAAAACAAAUCAGUUCAGAUUUACACCUCCUACGCAUACAAUGCUGGCAUUUUUACAGGCUAUAAAGGAGUUUGAAGAAGAAGGAGGAGUUAGUGGUCGUGGAGAUAGGUACAAACAGAACAGAAACAUCCUUAGAGAAGGAAUGAAAGACUUUGGUUUCGAGGAAUUUCUAGACAGUAGCCAUGAAGGUUAUAUCAUCACAUCAUACAAAUAUCCUCAAGAUCCGAACUGGAAUUUUACUACAUUCUACUCAAAACUGAAUGAUAGAGGUUAUGUUAUUUACCCUGGGAAAGUAUUGAAUGCAGACUGUUUUAGAAUAGGAAGUAUAGGACAUUUAUACCCAGAGGACAUGAAAGGGUUGUUAUCAGCAAUUAAACAAGUACUUCAAGAAAUGGAUAUAAAAUUAAGAUAAUAAAGAAAAAAAGAAAUUAUU